AUGAAGGCAGACUUGUUGAAUAUCAUCAAUAUUCAAACAGCCCACGAUUCGGAGAAACAAGAUCUCCUUGCUGGAGAACCCAGCGUCAUAUCUCCAGCCCAUCUUACCGACGACGGCCGUACUGCCAUGAAAACCACGACUAUGAUUGUUCGAGAGCCAGACCCCCAAAUCGACGGAAAACUCACAAAGAAAGAGCGUCGAGUGAUCUACCGAAGACUCCUCAAGAUAAUGAACCAGUUGGAUGAUGAGUUCACCGAGGCCAUUGAGGAGCGAGACGCGCGGAUACACGAGCAUCAAAAAGUGAUACAGCGUCUUCGCGAUGACGUCCCAAUCCGGAAAUUGAAGUUAAGACACGCAAUCGCAGAAAAAGAGAAAUCUUGCGCUGUCAAACUCAUCCUUGAAGCCGAGGUUCAUAAGCGCAAGCGGCUAUUGAAAUAG